AUGGCAGCUAAAACACAGAAACUCAGCUUGAAGCGUGAAGUGGGACUUAUUGGUGCUAUCUCAUUCAUUGCCGGGACCAUGAUGGGAUCUGGAAUUUUUAUGUCCCCUCAGUCUGUGCUGGUCAACAUAGGAAGCCCAGGAGCCAGCCUGGUGAUCUGGGCAGCCUGUGGUCUGCUGGCCACGUUGGGUUCCCUCUGCUAUGCUGAACUGGGCACUGUCAUUUCUGAAUCUGGGGCAGAGUACAUAUAUAUUCUGCGGAUAUUUGGCCAAGUAGUUGCCUUCAUGUUUGUCUUUAGCUUCGUCAUUGUGAUGAGACCUGCCAGUGCAACAGGGAUAGCACUGAGCUUUGCUGAAUAUGCAGUGGCUCCUUUCUACCAUGACUGUACCCCUCCAGAGCUGGUGGUCAAGUGUGUGGCUGCAGCAGGGAUUUUGGUGUUAGCAAUUGUGAACAGUAUGAAUGUACGUCUGGCUAUGUUCAUCCAGGUAUUUUCCAUGGUGAUCAAGCUGGUGGCCUUGGGAGUGAUAAUUAUUGGAGGUGUGGUGCUGCUUUUCAAGGGGAACACUGACAACUUUGAGGAUUCCUUUAAAGGGACCAAUGUGGAAAUCAGUUCCAUUGGGAUUUCUCUUUAUCAGGGCCUGUGGUCCUAUGAUGGCUGGAACACUUUGAAUUAUGUCACAGAAGAACUAAAACGGCCUGAGGUAAAUCUGCCCAGGGCAGUUAUAAUUGCCAUCCCCAUGGUAACCAUACUGUAUCUACUAGUCAAUGUGAGCUACCUGGCUGCCAUGACGCCAAGAGAACUGAUGUCGUCGAAUGCAGUGGCUGUCACCUGGGGGAAUAAGGUGCUUGGGAGCUGGGGAUGGGUGAUGUCUAUCGCAGCCGCUUUGUCUGCUUUCGGCUCCCUGAAUGGAACAUUCUUUAGUGGUGGCCGGGUGUGCUUUGUGGCUGCAAGAGAGGGACACAUGCCUGAUAUUCUGUCCAUGGCCCAUGUGAAUCGACUGACCCCCUCUCCGGCCCUGAUCUUCACCACGGCUAUCUCACUCUUGGUUCUCAUCCCUGGUGACUUUCAGAGCAUUGUCAACUUCUUCAGUUUCACUGCCUGGUUCUUCUAUGCAAUCACUCUGUCUGGGCUCCUCUACCUCAAGAUCAAGAAACCUGAACUUCCCAGGCCAUAUAGGGUUCCCAUUGUAAUCCCCAUCUUGGUCAUCAUCGCAGCAAUUCUCCUUGUGCUGGCACCUAUCAUUGACAACCCUGCGAUAGAGUACCUCUAUGUCACCUUGUUUAUCUUUAGUGGUGUUUUGUUUUAUGUGCCCUUCAUCCACUUCAAACUGUGCCCUGGACUGUUGGAGAAAGUCACUGUGUUCCUGCAGCUCUUCCUAGAGGUGGCCCCAGCAGACAAAAAUCUAUGAUUUAUUUUACAGAAUAUAUGUCUGAGGAUAAUAUGGUCUGCUGAGUAAAUAUUGACAAAAAAAAGUUUGUCUCAGAUUGGCACCACCAUAACCAAAUUGUGAAUGACUUUUCAAUAGUAUGUACAGUGCCUUCAGAAAGUAUUCAUACCCCUUGACUUAUUCCACAUUUUGUUGUGUU